AUGGCCUUUCAAAUGCCCGGCUUCCUAUCUCGAUUCCUCCGGCCCUUCUCGUCCGCGGCCCAUCUCUCUCUACAACCGGACGCACUAGCCGCGAUGCAAUUCCCGCCAAACUCCCAACGGGCCAUUUUCGCCGGCGGCUGCUUCUGGGGCCUUGAGGAACUGUACCGCAAGGACUGGGGCAACGGCAAGGGCUUGCUGGACUGUCGCGUAGGAUACACGGGCGGUAAGACCGAGGCGCCGUCAUACCAGGCCGUCUGCUCAGGGCGGACGGGCCACGCCGAGUCGCUCUUGAUCGUCUUUGACCCGGAACUCGUCACGUAUCGGCAGCUCGUCGAGUACUUUUUCAAGAUGCACGAUCCCACGACCCUGAACAGGCAGGGUGCCGACACGGGCACGCAGUACCGUUCGGCCGUGUUCGUCGAGGACGACGAGCAGGAGAAGAUUGCCACCGAGGUCAAACAGAAGGUCGGCGAGCAGUGGUACAAGGGGAAACCCAUCACGACGGAGAUCCUGAGGGCGACGCAGUGGUAUGAUGCCGAGGACUAUCACCAGGAUUACCUCAAGAAGCAGGAGUUGAACGGCGCUUAUGGAUAUCAUUGUCCUGCGCAUUUUGUGAGGCCUUUUCCUGAACUGAAGUAA